AGCGCUCGCACUGAAUGGAACCCGGGAGUUCACGAGGGGAAUGUGUUUAACAUAGCGGCUAACUGGAAAACAUCUUCUUACAACUGCUGUAAGGACUCACAUUCAGCGAGUGGAACAGGUUGCUGGACAUGGAUACUGAGGGCUUUGGGGAACUUCUGCAGCAAGCAGAACAGCUUGCAGCAGAGACAGAGGCAGUUUCUGAGUUGCCCCAUGUCGAGCGAAACUUACAGGAGAUCCAGCAGGCGGGAGAGCGACUACGUUCCCGCACUCUCACUAGAACCUCUCAAGACACAGCUGAUGUAAAAGCCUCCAUCCUCUUGGGCUCUCGGGGUCUUGACAUCUUCCAUAUCUCUCAACGUCUGGAAAGCCUCAGUGCAGCCACUACAUUUGAGCCUCUUGAGCCAGUCAAAGACACUGAUAUUCAGGGCUUUCUGAAGAACGAGAGAGACAAUGCACUGCUGUCUGCCAUCGAGGAGUCACGCUGCAGGACAUUUCUGUUGGCAGAGGAGUACCACAGAGAUUCUAUGUUGGUGCAGUGGGAGCAGGUGAAACAGAGGGUGUUGCACACCCUGCUGGGAGCUGGGGAAGAUGCACUGGACUUCAGCCAGGAUGUGGAGCUCAGCUUUGUGAGUGAGGUCAGAGUUCCAGGACGGAGCGCGCUGGACAGUGUGGAAGUUGCCUAUAGCAGACAGAUCUACAUCUUCAAUGAGAAGAUAGUAAAUGGGCAUAUUCAGCCCAAUCUGGGAGAUCUCUUUGCCUCAGUGGCUAACAGCCUGGAUGAUAAGAAUGUGUCAGACAUGUGGCUCAUGGUGAAGCAGAUGACAGAUGUUCUCUUGGUUCCUGCAAAAGACACACUGAAGAGUCGAGUGUCUGUGGACAUGCAGAUGGCUUUUGUCAGACAAGCCCUGCAGUUCUUGGAGAACAGCUAUAAAAAUUACACUAUGGUGACCGUGUUUGGGAACCUGCACCAGGCUCAGUUGGGCGGCAUACCUGGCACUUAUCAGCUGGUAUGCAGCUUUCUGAACAUCAAGCUGACGACCCCACUGCCAGGCAUGCAGGAUGGCGAGGUGGAGGGACAUCCAGUGUGGGCACUGAUCUAUUUCUGCCUGCGCUGUGGAGAUCUCCCUGCUGCUAUGCAAGUGGUGAACAGGGCACAGCAUCAGCUGGGUGACUUUAAGAUCUGGUUUCAGGAAUACAUGAACAGCCCCGACCGACGUCUGUCUCCAGCUACAGAGAAUAAACUGCGGCUUCAUUACCGUCGUGUGCUGAGGAACAGCGCAGACCCUUACAAGCGCGCCGUCUACUGCCUCAUCGGCAAAUGCGACAUUGCUGACAACCAUGGAGAGGUAGCUGAUAAGACGGAAGACUACUUGUGGCUCAAGCUAAAUCAAGUGUGUUUUGAUGAGGAUGGCAGCAGUUCUCCUCAGGACAGAAUGACAUUGGCCCAGUUUCAAAAGCAACUACUGGAGGACUACGGUGAAUCUCAUUUUUCGGCUAGCCACCAGCCCUUCCUUUACUUCCAGGUGCUUUUCCUGACUGCGCAGUUCGAGGCGGCCAUAGCGUUCCUCUUCCGAGUGGAACGUCUGCGCAGCCACGCCGUCCAUGUAGCUUUGGUUCUAUAUGAACUCAGACUGCUACUCAAAUCAUCGGGCCAGAGUGCACAACUUUUGAGUCAGGAGGCAGGAGAUCCUCCAAUGGUGCGACGGCUAAACUUCAUCAGGCUGCUUAUGCUCUACACCCGAAAGUUUGAGUCCACUGACCCUCGAGAGGCCCUGCAGUACUUCUACUUCCUGCGGAAUGAGAAGGACAGCCAAGGAGAAAACAUGUUUAUGCGCUGUGUCAGCGAGCUGGUCAUCGAGAGUCGGGAGUUUGAUAUGCUUCUUGGAAGACUUGAAAAAGAUGGCAGCAGAAAGCCCGGCGUGAUUGACAAGUUCGCUGGAGACACACAGGCCAUCAUCACUAAAGUAGCCUUGGAGGCUGAGAACAAGGGGUUGUUUGAGGAGGCUGUUAAACUGUAUGAGUUAGCCAAGAACCCUGAUAAAGUUCUGGAGCUGAUUAACAGAUUGUUGAGUCCAGUAAUUGCUCAAGUCAGCGAACCCCAGUCUAACAAAGAGCGACUCAAGAACAUGGCGGUGGCUAUUGCUGAACGAUACCGUGCUAAUGGUAUAGCUGGGGAAAAGUCUGUAGAUAGCACCUUCUACCUGCUUCUGGACCUAAUGACGUUCUUUGAUGAGUACCACGCUGGCCACAUUGAUCGAGCCUAUGAUGUGAUUGAGAGACUGAAGCUGGUUCCUUUAAGUCAGGACAGUGUUGAGGAGCGGGUUGCUGCCUUUAGAAAUUUUAGCGAUGAAGUCCGACAUAAUUUGUCUGAGGUUCUUCUCGCCACAAUGAAUAUUCUGUUCACGCAGUACAAGCGUCUAAAGGGGGCUACAGCAGGCACACCAGGAAGACCACAGCGUACCCUAGAUGACCGAGACACACUUCUGCGCUGUCAGGCUCGGGCACUGAUCACGUUUGCUGGGAUGAUUCCGUAUCGGAUGGCUGGAGAUACCAAUGCCAGGCUUGUUCAGAUGGAGGUUCUAAUGAACUGAGACCCACCUACCCUACCUAUCCUGUCUUGUCCAGCAACUCUUUCAUUAUCCUCAUUUCACCAUCAUUUGGUGUUGAUUUAUUUGUAUUUUUUUCUUCUUUUUUUAAAUAAUAAAAGAGAAAUUUUCA